AUGCUGUAUGACUACGAUUAUGACACUCCUCAGGAUUACUUCAAGCCACCGUACAUGCGCUAUGGGCCGUUCGAGGUCUUAACGUUCCUUAUGAGCUGCGUCACUGGGGUUGCCGUAGUGUUUAGUUGCUCCUGCGCCGUUGGCUACCUCGCUGAGCUGGCGGAGGAGUUCCCAACGCGUGCAAAGAAGAUUCUUCACGUCAUGGCGAUUGGCGUUUUGUCGGUGCAUGUGCUCAUACUUGUCAUGGAUCAGCUUAGUUUUUGGCGCUCCCUUGUGAGCAUCGUCACGAAUGUCUUGUACCUGCGGCUUCUGGUUGGGUUUCCGCACUGCGCGCUGACGCACCCACUGACGCUUCUGACGAUCGCCUCGUUGGUGGUGGAGGUGGUCUCUUGGUACUCCUUUUUCGUCUUUACCCCCAGCUUGUUAGAGACCGUGGGGUCCUACCGGAUCGCCUCCUUCACGCUGUUCCUGUGGCUCAUGCCGCUUGGCUUUCUCGUCUCGCUGGAGGUGGAGCCGGUGGAUCUCCCCGGCAGCAGCCUCAGCGCGUCCACGCUGCGCCACCCCGACAUCGCCGCAGGUGGGCGGAAGAAGACGAUGUUUAGGAUGAUGAGGGAGUGGUUUGCGCCGGCGACGGAUUAG